GAACCAACAGCAGAAGAAAUGAACGAAACCCUCCAUUUUCUCUUCUAGUGCCCUUCGCUUGUGCACUAGCGCCAUGAGUAGCGCACUUGAUGACUCAAAGACAACAGACACAAGUAUGGACCACGAACUUUACACUGUACAGAGUCCCUCCGAUGACAUUAAGGAUGGCCCAGAGCAUUCAGAAUUCAUUUAUAAGAUGUCAAAUGAAGAGUUUGUCAGAUUCGUGAAGUUACGAGUGACCAACGAUGCACUUUUCACUGGAAAGAGAAAUUCUUCAACUCUGGCUUACAGGGCCAUCCUGAAAGAGCUGGGUCUGCAAAGGGAGAUUUCUGCCAGCCAGGCCAGGAGAAAAUGGGAAAACCUUAAGAUGAAGUAUAAGGAAAUGAAGAAUCCUCCGCCUGGUGUCUCGGUGAACCCCACUAACUGGCCAUGGUUCUCCCUCAUGGACGACGCCAUGGAAGGAAGACUUGUGGGGAGCGAUGUCACGCUAGACACUUCUUCGGUGGGCGACGACAGCGAGUAUCGACCAAACAACUCCACGCGCAGGAGGAGCAAAAGGGCCCGCGAGCCAGACAGAAGCGAGAUCGAGCUGUUCGUUGAAGAGGAUGACAUCAUGUCUGAGGAAAUGGGGCGAGACAGAGGGGAUCUAGACAGAGACAGAGAUGAGAUGGAGCACGAAAGGGCCAUCCUAGAAAGCGAUAAAGCAGCUAUUGAAUAUGAAAGGAUGGUGCUAGAGCGAGAGAAGAUGGUGCUAGACAGAGAACGAGCGGGAGUGGAAAGAGAACUGGCAGCACUGGAUCGAGACAGAGCCUCUUUGGAGAGGGAAAAAGCCGCUGUGGAAAGAGACAGGGCCUCUGUGGAGUAUAUCCGAGCUCAGUUGGAAAAAGACAGAGCGAUUCUUGACAGAGAAAGGGCUAAGCUUGAAAGAGAACGGGCCAUCCUGGAUCAACAGCGUGGGAUUGAAAAAAGCGAGCAGACGGUUAAUUUAAACGACAAUUCAGAAGGAACUGACACCUCGAUUCCCUUAGUGAUGGAGCCGGCUUCAUUAGAAAGGAGGCAGAAAUUCCUCAACCUGUUUGAAAAGCUCAUUGAGAACUUCUAAAUCAGAGCUAAACGUUCUGAGUGGGACCCAUUAUGUAUAUUUCAUUAUUUUUGUACACCUUCAGUUUGAAGUAAAACCGUUUUCUGUUCCAGAA